CAAAGGACUUUCAUUAGCUGUGUCUUGUUAAAUAAAAGUUAUUUUACCACUUGGCUUGGCAAGCUAUAGCAAUAAGUUUUUGAUUGGAAAUUAACAAAAUGCCCAUAUUUAAAAUUCCAGUAGUUCAUAAUCUAGCGAUCAUAUCUAACGUACAUCGAACAGACCUUAAAAAAAGGCUUUUUAAAAAGGAAGAAGAGAGGGACGCAUGCAGAAGUGUAAAAGCUAGUACCAGUAGAAACCCAUUUGAAAUAAAUGAAGAAUUCGUUGAGAAGUUCAACCAUGCACAGGGGUCUGUUGAUCAAGAAAAGUAUGUCCAUCUUGCGGAACAGUUGCUCUGUCGGACCAAGCGCAGGGCUGGACUGAGGUGUUUGGGUGAAGGAGACCACGUUGAACUCCCCCUUGCCUGGAGAGGGCUUAUGUUUCUUGCUCUGUGCAGAGGUAAAAUUCAGAAUGAUGCACUGGACUGUCUUUUGAAGUCACUAGACCAGGCUCCAGUGCAGGCAGAACAGCUUCCGGUUCUGUUCCAUCUAGGAGAGUCGGUCCUGAGCUGGGUCUGUGCUGACUCCGCGCAAAGGCCCAGCCUACACACCUGUGACGUGAAGAUGCUGCAGGUGGGUUAUCUGGUCUUUUUGAGACUUUUUCUCUCCUACAUAUCGGGGAACUUGAGCGGGUACCACGCGAGCAAGUCCCGUCUUCAUCAUUUCUUAAAAGUGCUUGCUCAGUACGAGCUCUGCUAUCAGCCAUACCCAGACAUGCUCUUUGUUGUGAACUUCAUUCUACGAACAGGGGAGAUGAUAUGCGGCUUUAGACCCACUGACAAUGAUCCAGCACUGUUCCAUGCAGAUCUCCAGGGUCGCUGUCUGGACCAGGUGCUGUGGCACUGCCUUCUCAGUUGGUACUGUGUGCAGAACAACCACAGACAGCUGUCCCAGACGUUGCGUCACCUCGUGCUCCUGAGAGAUGAGCUUCUGCUGGACAGAUGGCUGACUUGUGGGUUGGGUUUGAUGGUGCUAGGUGAGGCUGCCAAAUCAAGCUUGCUGUGCCUUCACGUCUUAUUGGACCUUUCAGUUAACUACAAACAGAACAAUAAUGGACUUGAGCCAGACCGGGAAGUGAUGUCACAGAAAAGAUCCUGGCCUUGGCAGCUGGAGCAUAUCUAUACAACUGUGAUAGCAGACAUCUGCCAACACGGCUGCAGUGCUGAAAUACGAAAAACAGCGCUGGUGGGCAAACAGGCAUUUACUGGACAAAAUACCUUCAAUGCAGGAGGAUUGCUGUCGCUUUUAAAGCAUAAUCACAGAGAGGACUGGCGGAUGCGGUACAGUGCUGUCCAGGCACUGAUGAAGUUGUGUGGAGGGAUAAGAGGAGAUUUGUCCAGGGAGGGCCUGAGAAAUGCCGCUUGGACGGCCCUGCAGGAGCACCUUGGCCGGGAGACAGACCCGCGGGUCAAAGAAGCCGUCAGAGUCACAGAGGUUGAAAGCAGUGGUUCCAAAAAUGUUCCGAGCAGGGCCAGAGUGAAAAUUGAAACAAGAUGCCAAGAAGCACGUGUUCCUAAGCAUCUCAUUGCCUGGCGACUGGCAUUCACGCUCUCUCAACUCUACCUCCCACCCACCCCCCACCAGCUUCUUCCCUCUGACAAGCUCACUAAGGAGGUUUCGCCUCCUGCUAGAACCAAGCAGGAAAUACCCACCCCCUUAAAGCCUAGUAAGGGAAAAUGUCCACCCACCAGGACCAAGCACCUCCCCUACAAACAGACUGCUACUCACAACACACCCAGACAAGAGAAUUUGGGCAAAGCAGUCAAGCAUGGCCUGUCCAUUGACUUUAGGAUCCGGGCACAAUUUAACUUAAUGAAAGUUGUGGAGGAACAGUGGCAAAAAGAACUACAGAGAAAAAUGGCAGCAGAGGAAGAAGCUGAAAGGGGAGACAUUGAACGACAGCGCAGAAGGGAAGAGGAAACUUUUAAAGAAAUCUUGAGAAACCGGAUGGAAAAAGUGAAGAAGGAUACAAAACCAUAUGAACUCUGA